AUGGCUGCCAUGUUCCUGAGGUGCGGCUCCCACCCCCUAUCCGGCACGGAAAUCCCACCCACCCUCCGUCCAAGCCCAGCCUCCAGGAAGCCUUCCUCAACUGCAAACUGCACCAAGUGUCUCCUGCGGCGGCCCCCAGGUGCCCCCAGAGACUCGCAGCCAGUCACGGAAAUGCACAGUAUGACCCAGCAGCAGUGGGAUCCCCAGGCCCAGGACACAUCUGGGCUUCAGCACAUGAGGUUCUCAGAAGCAGAACCAGAAGAAGGAACCAGCUCAGGCUCUCCACCAGGAGCUACAGCUGGUAAGUGCAGGCCCCAACAGUGUGGUCGGGAAGUGGGGGGGCGGGCAGCCCAAGCUGGAGCCCAGAUGAUGGGUGAGGUGCCCGGCCAGUUCUGUUCUUCGUCCUUGCCCAACAGAGAAGUCUGGUCAUUCCUCAAAGCCAUCCCUCCGAUUCCAGAUGAGGCCGUAGUCACACGGAAGUCCCCACACAGUUCUUGGAAGGUUGGCACUCUCCAACAUAGGAAGCGAGUGAACGCUAUUGCCAUUAGCAGUGCUCCGCGCCACGUGUACACAUGUGGCACUGGCUACAUCCGGGUGUGGGAUGAAGACGCGUUGCAUGCCUCAGACAAAGCACCUCAGGCCCAGCUGGACUUUCAGGACCCUCAGAACCGUGUGCUUACCUGCAAACUGUUUCCCGAUGAGCAGAGUCUGAUCACAGGAGGAAUAGCCCAGGCUCUUACUCUCUGGGACCUGGCUCCCACACCCCAAAUCAGGGCCCAGAUGGCCUCCACAGGCCCCAUAUGCUAUUCCUUGGCCCUCUCUUCUGAUGCGCACAUCUGCUUGGCUUCUUUCAAAGGAUUCGUGGAGAUUUGGGAUGUGCAGAACCAAAUCUUGAUCAGGAAGCAUGAAGUUCCUCCCUAUGGGUCCCGCUGCGUGGACAUCACAGGCUUCAAGUUCUGGACAGGUGGUGAAGAUACCUUCCUGUAUUCAUGGGACAUGAGGAGCUACAAGAAGCUUCAGCAACACAACUUAUGCCAUGAGAUCCUUAGCGUUACCCAUGACCCCAAUGAGGAGUGGGUGCUAGCGGGCUUGAAGAUGAGCGACAUUGCCAUCCUGCACGUGCACCGGGAGGAGAAGUACAAAGUUGUUGUCCCGAGAUACUCACAACACCACAACCUCAAGUUUGCCUCUUGUGGGACUCAUUUUGUGGCCACGCUGGAUAACAUGAUCAAUUGUUUAGCGGCACCUUCUCUCCAAAGGUUGUUCCAGACAGAGGAGUGCCAUGACAUCCUGUGUUGUGACAUAUCCUCGGAUAGUCAGUAUCUGGUCACAGGCUCCAAGGAGAGUGCCACAGUAUACCAGCUCUUGUAUUGA